UCAAAUAAGUCAUUCAAACUUGCUUGCUUUGGUAAAUUAACGCUCACUCAGAUGAGGGAGAUGUCCGGCUAUUGGCCAAGAGUUAGAGGGCACGUCAUCCCCAUCCAUCACCGAUCGAAUGUUUCUACAAGGCAUGUCCCUGUCUAGAUCUGUGCCUCUGUCCUUUUGCGCGCUAUGUGUGGCAUCUGUGGAUGGAGUUUCUGUCGCGUCCAGCCUCGAAUGAAAAUCUGGAAUAUAUAUGAGAUGCAGCCAUGAAUUCUUAUCAAGGGUUCAGGGACACAACGUCACUUUUCAAGGGCUAUCAUGCUACUGGAGUAAUGCGUCUGCAUCAGGACCACGGAGCUACUACUGACUUCCCAAGCAGAGAGGAGGGACAUGUCAACAACACCGAGGCGGAUUUUCUUCAAUACCAUUUCACGAAUCUCAGUGCCACGGCCACAGGCGCGUGUUCAAAGCCCUGUGAGGACCUUGGUCCUGCUAACUCGACCAGACCCCCCUUCCCCCAUAAUCAAGAUUUCUAUAGACCAGUGCACCCCGUCCGACCCCAAGUCCCCUCCUUCCAAAGCUGUCGUGAGCAGGGUCUCUCCAGAACGGGCUUCUCGCCUUCCUCAGACACUUUAAGAACUUUCUCCGGCGCGCUUUGUGAACUCGGCCCUGUCAACAACACACACCUCGAAGUGCUCACACGCGACGGCCCAGUGCAUCACCCUCCAGUCAAGGACGAUAGCACCAGACACGAGGCUCUAAACACGUUAAAUGAGACCUUGCAAAGUGAAAAGACUUUCGACUGGAUGAGAGUGAGGAGAAAUCAGUCUCGUGCAGCUAAGACACAGCUGGGCAGCUGCUCGGACCCGGAGCUGAAGACGGACCACGGACGAGAUCCUGACGAGGACCCCUCGAGUGGAGCCUCGCGAACUAAUUUUACCACCAAACAACUCACAGAACUGGAAAAGGAGUUUCAUUUCAACAAAUAUCUGACUCGAGCUAGACGGAUAGAGAUCGCGAACACUCUCCAACUGAGCGAAACACAAGUGAAGAUCUGGUUUCAAAACAGACGCAUGAAACAGAAGAAAAUGCUGCGGGAAGGCCUCGUUCCGGGAUUAAUGCUGGUUUCUGCCUGUGAUGAGGACUCGAAAAAAACAGACACUUGUUCAUCUCCUGACAAAAGAUAAUUUCAUUUGGGUAAGAUUGUUGGAACGGCUGCACUAAAAUAUUAACAAUCACGUGAAUAUCAUGCGCGAGAGCAAGAGAGUAAAUAUUUACACACCCAAAAUGAAGCUUGCCCCCUAAACAUAAAUAUUUAUCUAUUCAGGUUGUAUUGUUUAAGAAAUUAAAGCAGUGGCUCUCAAUGAUAAAAAUGAAGUUUGCUCACCUGUUGAGGCAAGCGGAGAAAUCAUGAAUUAAAAUGCACUUUAUA